GGUGUCACCGUGUUAUGGUUCCCCCCGUGUGCAGACGUUCACGUGAACCACACUUUCCUUCGUAGUUGGUGCAGUUGUUGUCCGACAUGCAUUCAACACGCGAACUAGAGCUCUUUCCCGAGUACAGUGUGACUCAGAUGCUUUUCAAGGACGUCCAAAAUGCUGCCGAGCUGAGACAGUGUGCGGUGGAGGGUAAAAUAAAGGGUGCCCUGAUUAACCCGACGAUGCUGGUGAAUCCUUUCCAGGUGCUGGUAGCCGCCAACAAGGCUGUUUCCUUACAGAAACUGGGCAAAAUGAAGACCAGGAGUUUGUUCUCAGAAAUAAUCUUCAACCUGUCCCCUACUAAUAAUAUCUCAGAGGCGUUCAAAAGGUUUGGGAGCUCUGAUGGAGAUGACUCCGUCCUGGUGGUCCUGGUUCACGACAAAGAUGAGCCACAGGUGUUGUCAGACAUCACAGCCAGGGUGAGCGGACGGCAGGUUCCAGCAGAAGAUGUUUCCUCGCUGACAGACCAUGCAAAAAUCAGAAAGCUCUAUAAAAUACCCCCUCAGGAAGAGAAGUGUGGGACUCUGCUGGAUGCGGUUGUAUGCAGGAUGGCCACAAAGGACGUCAUGUAGCUUCAACAAGAAAAAGGACUUUAAAAAACUUUUUUUUUUUAAUGACAUUUGCAUUCAUAUGUAUUCAAUUCAUGUAUUUCCUUCUGUCCCAGAAGAUGAAAACCUUGUCUCAACACAAACUCAAAGAAAUCUUCAUUUUUCAAAUAUUUUUUUGAUUGACUUUACUUGUCUUUCUUUGUGCUCACAUCGUCUAAACUUUUUUUGUACUCAUUAUUUCUCUGUUUCCCUAAGGUUUACAUCUUCAGGGCGGAGAAAGGGGUUGGGAGGGAGAGGGGGGUAGUGUUAAACUAGUCUCAUGUCAGCAAGUCUGAUCUAAAAUGUUCUGGGCCAAAUAUCAUCCAGUUCUGGAGACAUUCAGUCAAACCCUCUCAACCCAAGAAGUCAGGCGUAUGAAAUGUGCUGCCUGUCUAAAACAUUUGGAUGCAGCUUUGUUCUUUUUAAACCUAUGAAAGACUUGUCAUUUAAUCUCAUGUGUAGUGACACUUAAAUUGUGGAGCCAAAUGUAAAAUGCUCUUCCCCUUUCUCUUUACUUUCACUCACUCAGAAGGAAAUGAAACAUUCACAUAUUCUGUAUUCAGAGUACAUUACAUGAGAUUGAGAUGAUUAUUUAAUAAGACUGCAGCUGCAAACAUUGGAACCAACAAAAUGACACUGAGAUGAAAUGUUUAUUGAUCUACUUGAGAUUGUGGUACCUGAAAGGCACAGUAAGAGUUUGGAAAAUAUAAAAAAGUCCCAUUAUGGUCAAUUAUAGGCUGAUUUAAUCAA